AUGGCAGCCCCGGCAGUGGCUGAGUUUCAAAGAGCCCAGUCUCUUAUCAGUUCAAACCGGGAUGCAUCUAUCUAUAUUUUAUAUUCGAUAGUAAAGCGGGACAUCCAGGAGAGCGAUGAGGAGGCCGUGUGUGUCAAAGAGCAGAGCAUCCUGGAGCUGGGUGGUCUGCUGGCGAACACGGGCCAGGCUGCAGAACUGGGCGGUCUCCUGAAGUAUGUGCGGCCGUUUCUGAAUUCCAUCAGCAAGGCCAAGGCGGCGCGGCUGGUGCGCUCGCUGCUGGACCUGGACCUGGGUCUUUGGGUUCUUGAGUCUAUUUCGCUCUAUGUAGCGCUGCAGUUCUUGCUUCAAGGGCCAUUGGCUUGUCUCAUCUCUCUGUAUUUUGACACAAAGCGGUAUCAAGAGGCGCUUCAUUGCACCCAGCUACUCCAGGAACUGAAGAAAAUGGAUGACAAGGCCCUGCUGGUGGAGGUACAGCUGCUGGAGAGUAAGACAUACCACGGCCUCAGCAACCUGCCCAAGGCCCGUGCUGCCCUCACUUCUGCACGCACCACCGCCAACGGCAUUUACUGCCCGCCCAAGCUACAGGCCGCCAUGCAGAUUUCCAUGUUUACCUCAUUGCGCUCAGCUGGGAUCAUCCACGCAGCAGAGGAGAAGGACUGGAAGACUGCCUACUCUUACUUCUACGAGUCCUUCGAAGGCUAUGACUCCAUCGACCAUCCCAGAGCGAUCACCGCUCUCAAAUACAUGCUGCUCUGCAAAAUCAUGCUCAACCUUCCUGAGGAGGUCCAGGGUCUCGUUAGUGGAAAGCUAACCCUGCGGCACGCCGGGAGACAGACAGACUCUCUGAAAUGCGUGGCGCAGGCCAGCAAUAACCGGUCGCUGGACGAUUUUGAAAAGGCCCUGACAGAGUAUAGAGGUGAGUUGAGAGACGACUCCAUCAUAAACACACACUUGACCAUGCUCUAUGACAACCUGCUUGAACAGAACCUCAUCCGUGUCAUCGAGCCUUUCUCCAGGGUACAGGUGAAACACAUUUCCACCCUCAUAAAACUCUCUAAAGGAGAUGUCGAGAGGAAAUUGUCACAGAUGAUUCUUGACACACAAUUUCACGGUAUUUUGGACCAAGGCGAGGGUGUGCUGAUUAUCUUCGAUGAGCCUGCAGUAGACACAACGUAUGAGGCGGCCCUGGAGACCAUUCAGAACAUGAGCAAAGUGGUGGACUCACUCUACAACAAAGCCAAGAAGCUCACAUAGAGGAGACCACCUGUACCCCAGCACAGAGCUUGUCCGGCAAGUUUGUGAAGCACUCCGGGAAGGGGAGAGGGGGCGGUGUUCGGACUCAAACAACCCAGCAAGCAAAUAAACCAACCGACCAACCCACAAACUGACAGGGAUAGGCUGCCCCCCCACCCCUCUUCAAUUCAGUCUGGGUACAUUUAAAAUUUAAAAAAAACAGACAUUCCAACUACUGGCAUCUCCAUCACAGGUUUCUAUGUUCCUCGGCAUCCCCCUCUUUGCCGACCAUCAGGGAAUCUUGUAAAAAAUGAACAAUAAAGAAACAAACAUAUACAUAACAUGUAUGAAAGAUCUCUGAAAGAGUGUAAUUGGUGGGCUUACAUUGCCUUAAGGUUCAGUUCUAUUGCCAAACAACCCCUGGCCAACCCACAUGUUUUCUUGCCUUCAUCCCCCCCAAUACACACAGAUGGCAAUCUGGGUCUGCUGGCUUUGUGCCAGCAGUGGACAGAUGAAACGGACCACUGUCCCUGCGAACACGCCACAGGAAAAGGACACAGUCAUCGCCACACCGUUUUAUAGUUCCCAGACCUGGGUUAAUAUAUUGUUUGAAAAUCGUUCAAGCACUGAGUGUUUGUUUUAUCCUGCCUGGGGAGCCAGGAGGGUGUGAUUUUCCUUUUUGGGACUUUCCUAUUUGUUCCAUUUCAACAGGUUAGCUCAAUCGAGAACAUAUAAAGUACCUGAUAUGAUCUCUAAUAGUAUUUUAAUCCAGGUGUAAUUGUUUCCUUUCCCUGCCUCCAAUUCCAGUUUGUACAUAAUGUUGCCAGGUGUGUGUCUGUCAGGCCUGCCAUGCUAACACCCCGCCCAUCCCUUUAUUUUUAUUACACUAAACGAGAAUAAAAUAAGCCCUCUGUGCUUUCGGGAGUGGUGGUGAUUGACCUGGUUGUAUGUGUUGUGACUAGCUGACAGGGAGUGCGUUGGUUGUUUAUUCCUCAUGUAUUUAAAAAAACGGGGCUUACAGUUAAAAGCUGUAAGGUUUGGGGACUACUUUUUGCAAGGACUACUAGUCGACCAUUUCCCAUGAGACCGAGAAAAGACGAGUGCUAAUAAAUAUAUUGAAUGUCACAGCUUAAUUUUCUGUUUGAAGGACCUAAACUAGAUGGACUUUGCCUCGUUUUUGCCUAUUACAAUAAUCAAGAAAUACCUUGAUUUGUUUUCAAAUCUAUCUUGUCUCUGUAUAUAGAGUUUU